AUGGGACCUGCAACAAAACAACAACCCAAAUUGGCUGCUAUUUCUGCACCCCUCUCAAGAUACAUCAGAAAGUCUGUCCUCUCCAGAGAACAAUCCGAGGGUGUCGGUGCCCGUGUCCGUCGAUCCAUCGGACGUCCCGAACUCCGUAACCACGACCCCUUCUUCAUGCUGGACGAGUUCUCGGUCGACAAGAACGGAGGCUUCCCUGACCACCCCCACCGCGGAUUCGAGACUGUGACCUACAUGCUCGAGGGUCAGUUCCAGCACGAGGACUUUGCAGGACACAGGGGAACUAUUGGACCUGGUGACUUGUAA